AUGGCCACCGAGAAGAGGGACUCAAUGACAAUUAGUCAGAGUCAUGAUUCACCAAGCGACUUUCCCUCGAAAUCUCUGUCUAGCGAUGAAUUUCAGCUAGCACAGCUGGGAUACAAACAAGAAUUCUUCCGCACCCUGGGGCUUUUUGAGAACUGGGCAGCGACGUUCACUACCAUGAACUUUAUCUCUGGCAUUCCCAUGAUGUUUGCCUUUGUGAUGUCCACUGGUGGUCCUGAAGCGGCGUUUGCAAACUGGACAAUGGUUGGGGGCUUCUCGUUUAUUGUGUCACUAGCCAUGGCUGAGAUCGCCUCCGCCCUUCCUGUCGCUGGCGGCAUCUACUACUGGAGUUUUUACCUCGGUGGCAAGGAAUGGGGACCAUUUUUGAGUUGGAUGACUGCUGCCAGCGGACAUUUCCAACCGUCGUCCGGGGUGUUUCAACAUUUUUUUAACAAUAUCAAUGAGGGUGACAAAAACCAAGCUUCAGACGGAUACUGCUGGGUUAUAUCGACACUUUUCGGAGCGUGGAUAUUCUUUGGCUAUGAUGCGUCUGCACAUUUAGCCGAGGAGACAAAAGAGGCUUCGGCAGUCGUGGCAAAAGGAAUGUGGAUGGCAACACUAUCUGGUUGGCUUCUCUCUAUCCCAACCUUGAUCCUGAUUCUCUUUUGCAUUCAAGACUUUGAUGGCAUCAUUGCCGCAACGUACGCGAACAACUGGGCUGAGUAUCUUAUGCAGCUUAUCGGCCCUGCAGGUUCCACGGCUAUCCUUGUCCUCUUGUGGGUCGACAGCACCUGCGCAACGGCAUCGGCCUUUAUGUCUGCACAGCGCGUAACAUAUGCCAUAUCUCGUGACAAUGUCCUACCUUUCUCACGAUACUUUCGGAAACUCACUUCUACCCAUCGCAUGCCCCUCCAUGCUGCGUUCCUUGUCGCCGCAAUCUCUAUUGCCAUUUCCACCGCUGUUAUUGGUUCGUCUGUCGCAUUUUCUGCUAUUACGGCCAUGUCCACCAUAGCCACCAAUGUCAGCUACCUCUUCCCCAUCAUAGCUCGCCAAACCGUCGGCGCUGCGGUUUUUGUACCAGCCAAAUGGAAUUUGGGCCGGGCUAGCGCAGUAAUCGCUACAAUCUCAAGUGUUUGGAUUUGUUAUCUCUUUGUUGUUCUAUUGUUGCCGCAGGUGUAUCCUGUUACUGGGACGACAUUGAACUAUGCACCGGUUAUGAUUGGAGCUAUCACUCUAAUUUCCUUGGUGGGUUGGGUAUUCCCAUUUGGACUUGGUGGGAAAUAUUGGUUCAAAGGCCCACAGACGACCAUUACAGAUGAAGAUGUAUUGGAGGCCACGACACCAGAAAUGAGCUAA